UGCCAUGAAACCCUGAAAGUAUACAAAAACCCCUCCUCAUUCCUCAAUAACUUUAACCUUGAUUCGUUUGAUCUCUCUCUAUGUCGGAUCAAGAAUUUAGAGACUUUUAUUACCAUGCAAGCACUAACUUCAACAACGAUCACCACGUUGAAUCCGACAUCGACAUGCUUAGGGUUUCAUCGACCGAUCAUCCUUCUUCAGACACGAGCUUCAUUGAUCGGUUACACAGUUCGGUGGACGAUUACGGUCUAUUCAGAAAGGCCUUUGGGUUGUCACCGUCGUCAUCAUCGGAAGUGUUUUCUCCGACGAUAGAGCAGAAAGUUGGUGCUAAGAGUAGUGAAGUUAUGAUCAUUACUCCUAAUCCUUCCAUUUCUUCUUCCUCAAGCGAGGCUGUCGGUAAUUGUGAAGAAGAUUCAGACAAUAAUAAGAACAAGCAGCCGAAAGAGUCGGAUGAUGGAGACAAAGAAAGCCCUAAGAAUGGGAACAAAGCAGCUAAAAAGAAAGAAGAAAGGAAGCAGAAGGAACCACGAUUUGCUUUCAUGACCAGAAGUGAAGUUGAUCAUCUAGAAGAUGGAUACAGAUGGAGAAAAUAUGGACAAAAGGCUGUGAAAAACAGCCCUUAUCCAAGAAGCUAUUAUCGGUGCACUACUCAGAAGUGUACGGUCAAGAAAAGGGUCGAGAGGUCAUACCAAGACCCAUCGACGGUGAUCACAACGUACGAAGGGCAACACAACCACCCGCUUGCGACAUCGCUGAGAGGGAACACGGCGGCGCUGCUCCAGCCUCCGAUGUUUCCGCUGGCGACAAGCGUCCCACACGAACUGUUCAUGCAGAUGACAGCGCCUCAUCACAUGAAUAACCAAACUGGUGCAGAAAAUUUUAUCCCUUUGCAGCAGUACUACCAGCAUCAGGUCCCUGACUAUGGGCUUCUUCAAGACAUGGUUCCUUCCUUGUUCCUUAAGCAUGAACCAUGAAUCUCUUUCUUUAUAUAUAUAUAUAUAUAUAU